AUUCAAUCAGCAGUUCCUAUGUUUUUCCAUGGUACAGCAUUAGGCUAUUUUUCAAUGCAAUUACGAAAGAAAUGUAUGAAAUAUUUGUAAAAAACGAUUUUCUUAGUUGUAUGGGAUAUAUUAAUCGCAAAAAAUUCAACAGACAUUUGUAAGAGUUACGUUUAAAAAAUUCAAAAACAUAACGGGGGGUUCUUUUUGGUGACUUGAGACAUCGUUUUAUAAUUUUUUUGGACACAGACAAGAUUACUGGAAUCUUUUAUAUGUUUAUUUUUACAGAAAAUAUAGAGUUGAUUCCAACAAAUAUAUUCAUAUAUGAUAUAACGGUGAAAACUAAGCAAUAUCUGUAAAACAAUGUAAAUCAUGAAGCACAAAAUCGAACCCCAUCUUGUUUUCUGACGUGAGUACAACGUUUUGGCGCUUUUUGCUCAUUGGAUAACUCCAUUUUGUGGAACCAAUCAGCACGAGCAAAAUACAGCCAAUCAACAGCACGCAUUUUCCUUGGAAAAGUAUAUAAGCACGCGAUUUUUGGGAUUUGGCAUCAGUUGAAUCCAACGCAUAGUCAAAGCAAGACGCAAAAAUGAGAGCCUCUUCGAUUGUUCGAUCUUCCGCCAUUCUUGGCACUUUCCUGUCAUCAACAGGCCGUACAAUGCACAAAGACUUGUAUGAGAUGGGAUGUAAUGUGUGGCAGAUUACUACGGAGAUGAGUGCCGCCAUGGGGCACGAGCUGCUGUCGCUGGGUGACAGUGUUUACAGCUUUGCUACAACCACUUCUGCUGCUGCUCUGUCUUACUUCUCGGCAACAGAUCUGCUCUUCUUUCUGGCCUUUCUGCUCUUUCUUACUUCGGUUGUUGGUUGUGUUCAGUUUGUUAGAAAGUUCAACACUGCAAUGAAAGACCUGAAAAGCAAAAUGGCGGGUCUAGCAGAAGAGAAUGUGCAGAUGAGAUUGCUUGUAACAGCCUUGCUCAAUGAUGCCAAGGAAACCGAGAAGGAAUUAGCAAUGAAAUUGGAAUCCCUUGCUGAAGACCACAAGAACUUGGCCAAGUGGUUAAAUUUUCACACGGACAUGUUCAACAUCAGGUUGGAUUGCAUGGAGAGACGCAAAAACAGGACAUAAAUCCACUGAGCUUGAUUUUAUGAACAUUUCAUCAGCUCAUUAUUUAAUUUUCCAAACAUCAAAUGUGUUAAUAAAGAACUGUUGCCUGAA